AUGACAUUGUUUUUAUCCCUCUUCUCCUUGGCCUUGAUACUGCUCUUGGCAGCGCUGGAUAUUGUGAUUUGCGUGACACAGUAUGACACUAUUGGUGUUAAGUUUAAUGACUUUGCCGAUGUGGGUUGGCUGGUUGGUGGUUACUCACUUGCCAGUGCGAUUGCAAUGCUGCUGUGGGGCCGUUUGGCUGCCAUGUUCGGGCUGAAGGUGAGUUUGAUGUACUCGAUAGUGAUUUUUGAGAUUGGUUCACUGAUAUCAGCGCUAUCCAACUCGAUGAACAUGCUCAUUGUGGGCAGGAUUAUCGCAGGGCUUGGUGGGAGCGGGAUUGAAUCCCUAGUGCUCGUCAUUGGUACUGCCAUUGUGGUGGAAAAGUACCGAGGAAUCAUCGCCACUUUGCUGAGUGUGUCCUACAUGAUAGCCGAGGGUGUUGGGCCCUUCAUAGGCGGUGCCUUCGCGGAGAGGGUAUCAUGGCGUUGGUGCUUUUACAUUAAUCUACCUAUUGGUGCACUGGCUUUUGUCCUCCUCGAAUUGGCAUACAACCCCAAUGAUCAGCGCUCUAGCAUCACCAGAUGGAAGGCAGCAUUAAAAUAUGUUUGGAGCUGGCACUACAGCGAAUUGUUUACUGCGCACUACUGGAAGAGCAUGGCGAAACUACUGGUCUUUGAGUUGGAUAUACUCGGAGUCCUGCUUUCCGCCGCUGGUUUUAUGCUUCUCAUGCUGGCCCUGUCAUUUGGCGGAACAGCUUUUCCGUGGGUUUCGGGGCCCGUCAUAACACUUUUUGUUCUAACUCCCGUCCUACUUCUUUUGUUUUGCGUAUACGACUUCAAGUUCUUACCAUACUUGAACAAACGUCUCAGUAAUGUAGAAGUGAAGCCCUUGCUUUUGUGGACUACGGCAUCGAAUUGGGGAAUAUUGACCAGUUCAGUCGCAGGAUUGUUUAGCUGCUUUGCCUAUAGUCUCCAAUCGGUAUUCUUGGUUCAAUAUUAUCAAAUGGUUCACAACAAGGGGCCAAUGUUGGCUAGUAUACAUUUAUGGGAGUUCUCGAUCCCGGCAUGUAUAGCCGCCGUGAUAAUGGGCGUUUGGAACGCUCAAUAUGGGACAAUUAAACCGUUCAUGAUCUUUGGUGUGAUCUGUGGUGUAAUAGGUUCAGGUUUGUUAUGUAUGCUGACGGGUUAUUCUACGUUAUCUGAGUCGAUUGGUUAUUCCAUACUGCCUGGUUUGGCAUUUGGAUGUAUCCUGCAGGCCAGCUUGUUGAGCGCUCAAGUACAAAUCCCACUGGAGGACCCCGAUUACAACCAAAAGUUCAUUGAAGUCACAGCCCUCAACUCUUUUUCGCAUGCCAUGGGCUUUUCGCUAGGCGGUAAUAUGGGAACUAUGAUCUUUAUAACUUCCAUCAAAAACCAAGUCAGGCAUUCCGAAAUUGAGCUGCCGGCAUUCAGCACCAUAGAAGAACUUGUUGUAUACCGGACAUCGCACUACGAUGGACCUAACUCGCCUCUAGCCCACAUAUUAACUGAAGCCAUAAGAAAUGUGUUUUACUGUGCUCUAGGCUGUUAUGGAGUGGCCUUUUUGUUCGGAAUCUUUACUUCAAGCAAAAAGACAAGGGUUUCAACUAAGAAGCGGCAAUGA